GCAAAUGGAGAAACCCCGGAGAUCGGGGACCCUGUGGCCCCGCCGGCUUGUGGUAUCUCUCCAACUGGCGACAAGUUCGCGGCCUUGUCAAAAUUCUGCCUCCUUCCCACCUUUCGCUCUUCUUUCCCACCCCCCUUUUUCCUUGUCACAACACCUGGGUGGUCGUGUCGUGAAUUUCGCCUAGUCGGGCCUUUCGUUUUCUCUCCCCAACAGGCGUGCGGCCCGUAUCAGAUUGUUUCCUUCUCGCGAAUCAAUCUGCCCUCUCGGCAUCGUCUGAUUCUACCAGCUCCCCUUUACCGAGGCGCCCACCCGGCUGUUGAUCCCCCCGCUCCGGUUUCCCUCCGUCUUGUCCGCAUCGCUUCACCGGCGCUGUACCACAGCUACAUAUAUUUCUUCUGCCUCGUUUAGCUGGCUGAUGAGCACGUGGGGCCCGAAAUCGCUCUAAGGAAAACAGCGAAUCCCAAUCCGCCAACAUGGCCGAACUAGACACCUUGGACAUUAUUGUCCUGGGGAUUAUCCUUCUGGGUACCGUCGCUUACUUCACCAAGGGCAAGCUAUGGGGCGUGACAAAAGAUCCCUAUGCGACUUCCUUCGCCAAUGCCGGCGGAGCCAAGGCCGGCAAGACAAGGAACAUCAUCGAGAAGAUGGACGAAAGCGGAAAGAACUGCAUCAUCCUCUACGGAUCCCAGACCGGCACAGCCGAGGACUACGCAUCAAGGCUCGCAAAGGAAGGCAAGAGUCGUUUCGGACUCGAGACAAUGGUUGCCGACCUCGAGGACUACGACUAUGAGAACCUCGAUGCCAUCCCCAAGGACAAAAUUGUCAUGUUCGUCCUCGCCACCUAUGGCGAAGGCGAGCCGACGGACAAUGCGGUUGACUUCUAUGAGUUCAUCACGGGCGAAGGCGUGUCAUUCUCCCAGGACAAUGAUCCCGCCUUGGAGAACCUCAACUACGUCGCUUUCGGUCUUGGCAACAACACAUACGAGCACUAUAAUUCCAUGGUUCGCAACGUCAACGCAGCAUUGCAGAAGCUUGGCGCCAACCGGAUCGGCGAGGCCGGCGAGGGUGACGAUGGAGCAGGGACAAUGGAAGAAGACUUCCUAGCCUGGAAAGACCCCAUGUGGGCCGCUCUCGCCGAGAAGAUGGGCCUGGAGGAGCGUGAGGCUGUCUACGAACCCAUCUUCAGCAUCGUCGAGCGCGAGGAGCUCAGCAAGGAAUCGGAGGAGGUCUACCUGGGAGAACCCAACAAGAUGCAUCUCGAGGCUGCUGCCAAGGGCCCCUUCAACGCUCACAAUCCCUACAUUGCGCCCAUCGCCGAAUCACGGGAACUGUUCUCCGUCAAGGACCGGAACUGCCUUCACAUGGAGAUUGACAUCAGCGCCUCGAAUCUGACAUACCAGACUGGUGACCACAUCGCCGUCUGGCCCACCAACCCUGGUGAAGAGGUGGACCGUUUCCUUGACGUUCUCGGCCUCACCAGCAAACGAGACCACGUGGUGAGCGUCAAGGCUCUGGAGCCGACCGCCAAGGUGCCAUUCCCCACGCCCACCACGUACGAUGCAGUUGUCCGCUACCACAUGGAAAUCUGUGCCCCCGUGUCCCGUCAAUUCCUGGCUACCCUGGCUGCCUUCGCACCUGAUGAAGGGACCAAGACUGAGAUGGCCAAGCUCGGUGGUGACAAGGACUACUUCCAGGAGAAGAUCAGCUCCCAUCAUCUCAACAUCGCCAGGGUAUUAAGCAUCGUCGGCAAAGGGAAGAAGUGGACCAACAUCCCCUUCUCCGCUCUGAUCGAGGGUGUUACCAAGCUACAGCCGCGUUACUAUUCAAUCUCUUCCUCGUCUCUGGUCCAGCCCAAGAAGAUCUCCAUCACAGCCGUGGUGGAGUCGCAGAUGAUCGUCGGCCGGGAAGACCCGUUCCGCGGGGUCGCUACCAACUAUCUUCUGGCCCUCAAGGAGAAGCAGAACGGGGACCCGAACCCGACGCCGUUUGGACUGAGCUAUGAGAUCACGGGACCAAGGAAUAAGUACGACGGCAUCCAUGUCCCCGUACACGUACGCCACUCCAACUUCAAGCUGCCGUCGGACCCGUCUAAGCCUGUCAUCAUGGUCGGUCCGGGCACCGGUGUUGCGCCAUUCCGCGCAUUCAUCCAGGAACGAGCAAAGAUGGCCGAGAAUGGCGAAGAUGUUGGCAAGACUAUCUUGUUCUUCGGAUGCCGGAAACGUACCGAAGACUUCCUAUACAAUAAGGAAUGGGAUGAAUACAAAAAGGCUCUGGGAGACAAGUUCGAGAUUGUACUGGCCUUCUCGAGGGACGGGCCGAAGAAGGUCUACGUCCAGCACCGGCUCAAGGAGUACGAGAAGGAGGUCAACGAGCUGCUAGAGAAGAAGGCGUACUUCUACGUCUGCGGUGAUGCCGCAAACAUGGCUCGUGAGGUCAACUCGGUUCUGGCCCAAAUUAUCGCUGGCCAACGCAACAUUCCCGAGGCGAAGGCAGAGGAGAUCGUCAAGAGCAUGAGAUCUUCCAACCAAUACCAGGAGGAUGUUUGGUCUUAGAGUUAAUAAUAGCCCUCUUCCAAUGAACUGGCCGCAGAUAUUUCAGGCGUGGGUGUGCAUUGAAAUGGGAAUAGAGGAGUCGGAGCACUUCUUACGUUCUCUUGUAUGGGUUCAGGCUCUGCGUCCGUCUCUGCUUCUAUAAUGGGUCUCCUCGAACAUAGCUAUCUUAUAUAGUCGGCUAUGCUGCUUACGAAAUAGACAAUUUGAUGUUGGUGCUUGUUUUUUCUCAACAGCUCUUGGCCUGUAUAUGUACUGUAUGUACAUUGGACGAAACUCGUGGCCAGGGACAACAUUUUUGCGUUUACACUUAUGUCC